AAUUUGCAUCCAAAGAUAGACAGCGCCAGAUGAAGUAUAAAAAUUCUUCACUCGAAUCGAAUUGGCAUCAGUGUUUCAAUAGCUCUCCCAGUAACAAGUACAGUGUCCAAAAAUAAUCACCAUGUUCAAAUUUGUAACCCUGUUUGCCUGUUUGGCUGUUAUCGUGGCGGCCUACGAAGAGGAACAUCACUCGCAUCCCAAAUACAAGUUUGAAUAUGGAGUGAAGGAUGAGCACACUCACGAUCACAAGAGCCAGUGGGAAAGCCGAGAUGGAGAUGACGUCAAGGGACAGUACACGAUUGAUGAAGCCGACGGAACGCACCGUAUCGUAGAUUAUACUUCGGACCACAAGGGAGGAUUCCAGCCCCAUGUCCAGCGCAAGGGUCAUGCCCAGCAUCCUCAUGGCGAAAGCUAUGCCAACAUCGAACAGCACUACUGAAUCAGCUAGGCGAUUGAUUGGCGGUUAUGCCAAAAUGACUGAAACAUCAAAUAAAGGUUCCUUUCUUUUUUAAAGUUA